UGCCUGGACAAUUUGGGUUUUAUGAAUUUUUCUCUUCAGAUGCGAGUUGAUGUGAGGAUAUCUUCUUGACCAGUUCAUUCCAUGAGGCUGGGUUCUCUCUUCCCCGCCUCCCAGCACACACUCACCUUCCUGUUUUCUGUCAGGAAACUGGAAAUGAACACAAGGCUCUCAUUGCAGAUCUGCGCCUGAACUCCUGACCAUUUGACAGUCAAGUGCUGCCCUAGCAAGCGGCGUUUGCAACUAGGUGGCGAGUUAGCAAUGCUCAGGAAUUAAAAAGCCGGUGAGCCUUAAGUGUGGGUUUUAAAAAAUCUUUGCAUUUUGAAGAAGUCUUCCGUGAUCUCCGGUGUGUCUUAUGAAAGAUAAUAAAUUAUCCUCAUUUUGAAAAGUUGGAACAAAGUUACAUCUUGCAUCUCUCAGAAGACAGCAACGCCCAGCAGCAUGGAAAGUACAUGUAGGACAUUUGCUUACAAUUUUGCAAGUAACAAAGAAUUUUAGGACAGUCAAUUUUGGAAGAUGUAUACUUUUGAAUUCCAUACCUGUCUAGUAAUUUCCUUGUAACCUGUACUUGCAUGGUACGGUAGGCUUUUAUCUGAAAUGCUUUGGCUUUUUUAAUUUUUAAAUUGAUCAAAACAGCAGUGCACUUUUUAAAGGAAAAGCAGACGAAGAAAAUACUCCUUUCUCUAAUCUCUGACAGAGGGCGCCAUCUGAUUUUUUAACUGGAUGUGCCAAGGAACUUGGGCCUUUCAGAGGUUGCUGAGCCAUGCUCACCCCCUGCACCCCCAAGGAUGAACAAUAAGAAAUUUACAAGAUCGCUCUCCAUUGCUGCCAGCCAACAAGACUGAAACGGCAUCGGCUGAUGCCAUUGAGUUGCCUCACACUGUUGCCUUUUUACGCUUGCCUUUUGAUGCGUGCAAUGCUGCCCUGUUCCCUCCACAUUACCUGCGUGCCGCUAAGAGAGCAUUCGUCAACGAAUCCAGGUGUGCCCAUGCACGCAGCUUGCAAACUGGGUCCUGGGAAAAGCUGCUGCAGACCUUAGACCCGGCACAGGAGGGAUAUGUGGGCGCUGCCGCCAGAUGCUUAGCAGAACAUGGUUCGCCGAGGGAUCGUGGCAUGGCUCCCUCGGGUGGCCGUUCUGCUGGUGGUCCUCUGUUGUGCGGUGUCCGUGCUCUACAUGCUGGCCUGCACCCCGCGAGGGGACAACCAGCAGCUUGCCUUCCCCAGAGUCAACAGCCCCACGGGAAAAGAGGAGUACCAGGCCAUCUUGCAGGAAAGGGAAGAGCACCACUGGGACUACAUCAGCAGCCUGAAGAGGCAGAUUGCAGAGCUGAAGGAUGAGCUCCAGGAGAGGAGCCAGCAGCUGAAGAACAUGCAAGGCCACAGCACGGACUCGUUGGGAGUGGGGAUAGACCAGCGGGACCCCGAGAAGCCCCAGAAAGCCCUCUUGCAGUUCCUGCAUUCCCAGGUUGACAAAGCCGAGGUGCACACGGGGAUGAAGCUGCCCAACGAGUAUGCCGCGGUGCCCUUUGAGAGCUUCACCCUUCACAGAGUGUACCAGCUGGAGAUGGGUCUGACGCGUCACCCCGAGGAGAAGCCGGUGCGGAAGGACAAGCGGGAUGAGUUGGCGGAGGCUAUUGAGCUGGGCUUGGAGACUUUGAACAGUCCAGAGAGAAACAGCAACACAAACCGCCGGGCGUAUUCCCCCUCUGACUUCAUAGAAGGCCUUCGCCGGACAGAGAGAGAUAAAGGCACCCUGUACGAGUUGAUAUUCAAGGGAGGCAAAGCAUAUGAAUUCGAGCGAAUUGUCCUAUUCAGACCGUUUGCCCCCAUCAUGAAAGUUAAGAAUGAAAACCUCAAUAUGGCCGACACCCUUAUCAAUGUCGUAGUCCCACUGGCUAAAAGAGCCAGCAAGUUUCGGCAAUUCAUGCAGAAUUUCAGGGAGAUGGGCAUAGAGCAGGACAUGAGAAUUCACCUCACUAUAGUUUACUUUGGGAAAGAACAAAUGAGCGAGGUCAAAGGAAUCCUUGAAAACACUUCCAGAUCAGCCAACUUCAAGAAUUAUACCUUCAUUCAGCUGAACGAAGAGUUCUCAAGAGGGAAAGGCCUGGACGUGGGUGCACGGUUUUGGAAAGGAAGCAAUGUUGUCCUCUUCUUCUGUGACGUAGAUAUAUACUUCACAGCAGAAUUCCUCAACACAUGUAGACUGAACACACAACCAGGGAAGAAGGUGUUUUACCCAGUUCUUUUCAGCCAGUAUAACCCAGGCUUAAUUUAUGGACACCAUGAUUCCAUUCCACCUGUAGAACAGCAGUUGGUUAUAAAAAAGGAGACAGGGUUUUGGAGAGACUUUGGUUUUGGAAUGACUUGCCAAUACCGCUCUGAUUAUAUCAACAUUGGAGGAUUUGAUCUCGGCAUCAAAGGGUGGGGAGGAGAAGAUGUACAUCUGUACCGCAAAUACCUUCACAGCAACCUCCUUGUGGUCAGGACGCCUGUCCGGGGCCUCUUCCACCUCUGGCAUGAAAAGCACUGCCUGGACGAGCUGACCCCGGAGCAGUACAAAAUGUGCAUUCAGUCCAAGGCCAUGAAUGAAGCCUCUCAUGGCCAGCUGGGGAUGCUGUUCUUCAGGCGGGAGAUCGAGGCUCAUCGGCGCAAGCAGAAAGCAAGCCAUAAGAAGUCUUGAAGCCAAAGAAGGCCUUACUUGGAGAUAAAGACCAAGAACCUCAAUAGCUGACUCAGAAGGGUGUUCCCAAAACCACACUCGCAGGAGAGGAAAUGCUCUUCUCUUGGUUAUUCCUUGCGGGGCUUUUGAUACCACCUUAGCCUUUUAUCUGUGCCACACUGCAGCAUUGGGCGAUGCCAUUGUGGCAUGGAGAAUAGCUUUCCCCCAACCCCUCAACGGUUUGAUAUUUGAAGGACAAACAAAAUGGUUUUCCAAACUUUUGACUGAUGCUGCAAUAGGAUGACACAAAGCUUUACAUUUUAUCAAAUGGGUAGCGAGGUGCUCCUAAACUUGGAUUGAAUGAAAUCCCAGGUUGAUCUUUACAGAGUGGAGGCCAGAGGAGCCUGCAAUGUUGAAAUGAGCUUACUGACGAUAGCCCCGAUCCAGUUUUUUCUAGACCAGUGGCCCUAGAUAGGGAAUGCACACACAUAUCUGGGCCACGUGCGCAACCAACCCAAUUCAACAGGCGUUAUUAGAUAAGCACCAUAACACAAUGACUGGGGUCCGGGUCCGGGCUCUCUUGCCAGACAAGCAUUUAGAUGUUUAUCCAACGACUCCUAGCAGCAAGAAAGCGAACAAUGAAAGUGGAAUGUAUUAGCUCUAUAUGGAAGCCAACACCAUUAUCACAAUUCUCUCUCUCUCUCUCUCUCUCUCUCUCUCUCUCUCUCUCUCUCUCUCUCUCUCUCUCUCUCUCUCUCUCAUAUACACCCACCCACACGCCUCAGAAAGCCAUAUCUUCUGAACUUCUGCGGAGUCAGUAAAGAUAAUAUGGUCACUUUUCCUUGAGUGCUAUCAGCUACAGUAUCCUUCUUUGCUUAUCCUCAACAGCACACUUUGGGUUUUGUGUCCCUUUGUGCACACUUAACAUGCAAAGAGCUGCUGAGAUGUAGCACAAUUUUAACGGAAUUGCAAAAUGUUUUUGUGAAUAGAUCUAACGUCGUCAAGUGGAUUGGUAAAUAAAGCCAAGAGGGCCUUUUACCUAGAAGCACCAGUCCUGACUUGCACUGAACCUCAUACAGUUUGGAGACAUUAAGGAGAGAUGGAUUUAACAGACAAUGAUUUUUUUGUCUAUGACUUGACAUUAAUAUUAGCUGACUUGGAUUUUUCUUACUCUUACGCGCUUGAGGUUCCAGCCUUUCAAACAGAGCAUCAUUUAAAUACAGACACAGAUGAAAAUAGAAGGUAUAUAUUUCCUGACAUACUGGUACCUAGCUGUACAAACAAUUAGAUAAUACUGAUAAUUGAAAAGCAAGGCUCUAUAGUGGAGCCUUGUCCAGAUUCUGCACAUAGAAGGCAAAUAGUCUCUUUUAAAAUUUCAGCCACUUUGUCUUUCAUUUUGGCAAAUCUUGAUCCAGAGUUUCUCACUCCAGGCCCCUGCAGACAAGCAGUAUUUUUUAUUCUGCAACAUGUUACUGACUCAAUAAUAGUGCAUUUAGCGAUGGAUUUAUACUGGACCGUCCACACAUGAUUCCACUUUAUUAGUCGUUCUGCGCUGCUUCCUCAAUGGUAUUGCAGUGGCUGCUGUCUGGAGGGGCGCUCUUUGUACUAUAGCUCUACCAAAGCAGGACAAAGAAUAAACUGGAACAUUUCUGGUACAAAAAGUGACAGGACUUUGGGAAAAAGUAACGGGAAGUGCACUGAUUGGAAAGGAAGCAGUGUGUCCACCCUGAAACGUUUGAAGGCACAAACAGUAUUGGAAGUGGAAUCAAGUACGUACAACUUUCCCAAUCCCAUCAUGAAGGCACAAUGGGGGCCCAGCCACACUUUUCCGUUUCACCCCUCGGUUCAGUGCUAAACCACAGGUUUUCUGGGGGAAAGCAGUGGGGCAAAGGCAAAACCACCCAGACCCUGCUUUCAAGGCACAGGGGAAGAAGCGUGAGUCUAAAAACGGUGGCCCUCCACAGUGAAUUGAAGAACACAAUUAAAAUGGGAUUCAGGCAAUGGACGAGUCCAUUCCUUUACAGAGAGACGGCUUGGUUAAAAAACCCACAACAUCUCCCAGCAAAAAAAUAGCAACACUCCUUUUUAGCAGCCCUAUUUCCAUACCAAGAGCCGGCAUUCAAAAUCCCCAUCAUUGCACCCGCAACACAUGAGCAUCCAUUGCGAAGGACUGUUCUUUUAUCUGCUGAUCAUUUACUCUGCAACAGUCUGUAAUGCAUUGGGUGCUGAAGCAGGUAGUAUGUCUGUCUGGACGGCUGUGGAGUAAUGAAAGGCAAACAGAGCGUGGGGACAAAUUUCCCUUCAUGCACGCUGGAGUCACUUAGCAUCUGCCACCUGCAGAGACUGAGCGUCUAGCGAGUUCUGGAGAGGGCUGAAACUGGGAGAACUCUCCUGCAUGGAUGUGCCACACUGGCAGGUUUUAAAGGCACCCCAACAACUGCAAAGACAAAAUGGGGAUAAGCCAGGGGGGACAGGAUUUCACCGGGGUCUGAUUGCAGGAAAUGCAGGCAGUUUGAAGAUACGAACAGAGGCCUUACUGCUCUUGUCCACAUUCACUUGCCACUGGCUAAUGGGAGCAACCCUAUUUCUGCAUUUGUGGCUUUCGCUAAUAAUACAACCCUUUCAAGUAUUUACAGGAAAUGUGAAUUACACUUUGGAAAUGUUCUAUGUCGCCUGAUUGAACAGGAAUACACAAGGGCAGGAUUCAGCCUGAACAAAGGUGUCUAUGGAAAGUUUUAAUUGCUGUAAUUAUCUUUCAAAAUAGAUUUAUUCUUUUUGCUAUUUUC